AUGAAAUAAUCCAAAGUUAACAAUUUUUUCACAAAUUUAACAGGAAGUUAAAUAGUUUCUAAUGUGACUUCUCUAACAACAUCUGCUCUCAGCAAACAUAAUAAAAAUACAAACUCUACAGUUUCUAAUGGAAAUACAUAUUUAGUUUACUCUAAACGUACACAUCGUAUCCUUUUAGACUCAACUAGAAAACUUCCACUUUUAACUAAUGUUAUGAAUACAGAAACUUAUGAUACUCCAAAAACAGCAACAGUUAAAAGAAGGAAGGCAAGUGGAAAUUCAGGAGACUUUCGCAUUAUCCAUUCACAUUAAAGAAACAAAACAGAGACUCUUGUUAUUUCUAAAAAUGCAUAUGUAUCUAAAUUAGAUUCUCCUAAUCGACAGUUUGAAGAUAUUCAACAAUUAAAUUUAUAACCAAAUAAUUAACAAGCAGUCAAAAUUCCUACAUUAAUAGAGCAUGCUGUUGAAAUUCAGUAAAUAUCUUUGACAUCAAGUAGAAAUGAAAAUAUCACUCAUUUAAUUAAGCCAUAACUUGAUCUUGUUGAGAUAUUGGGAGAAAACUAUGAAUUCUCAAAAAUACCUAGAGUAUAUCACAAAAUCUAAAGAACAUAGAUUAAAUAACAUAUAACAGAGAUAGAAUCCUUAAAUGAAAAGAGUUGUUAUUUGAUAAGAAAAUUAAGACAAAUGUUACAUACACACAGAGAUAAAUAGAAAUUAUUAGAAUUGGAAAUUAAAAAGAAAAAGGAACAUUUUAUAGAUUCAUAAUUUUAAAAAACAUUAAGCAAUAUGCCAGAUGAAAGAACACCAAAAGCUAUUGAAUCUAAAUUUAAUUUUAAGUUAAGUACUAUAACCAAAAAAUAAACUAAAAUUAAUUCCAAUUAUAGUAUCUAAGAUACUGAAACUAAUCUACCUAUUACAACAAUUAUUGAUGCAUUAAAAGAAAAGAAAGAAGACAAAAUAGAAAAUAAUAAAUUUGAUAAAUAAUUAAUCAUUUAACAAGUUUAAAAAAAAAAUAUUAAAGUAACUGUUGCUUUUUAAGAAAAUGAAAAAUAGAUAGAAUUUCAAAUGCCAGAUUAUAUAGAUGAAAUUUAGUAAAACUAUAAUUAAUAGACAGAUAUAAAAGAAAAUAAACAAUCAAAUAUUUAUUCUUUGGUCAGUAAAUCAAUGUUACAAAAGUAUAUAUUUUAAAUUUAUUUAUAUAGCAAAUUUGCUUUGAAAUUAGUCAAAAAAUUUGGAGACAAAGUCAUUCAAACAUUAAAGGAUAAUGAUAACAUUGAAAAUUUCAAUUCUUUUAAAGCUUCACAAUUUACAAGAUAUUACUUACAAAAUCAUGCUUAAAAAUGUUUGGAAAUCUAAUAUGAACCUUAAUAAGAUAAAGAGGAAAUAUAAAAUAUCUCAAAAUAAAGAUUCUUAAAUACAAACUAUUAUUCUGAAACAUUCCAAGAUGUCUUAAACAAACAUACUUUAUAAAUUGUUAAAUUUCAUGUAUCUAUAUAAUUUUUCAAUUUAAGAAAUCAUAAUACAAGAAGUAAUAUAAAGUCGAGACUCUGUUUUAUACUGUUGUAUAAAAUUAUCAAGGACAUCUAAGUGAUAACAGUAUUUUGAGUCUAAAUAAUUCCUAAUUAGAUAUAAGUGAUGUAGAAAUACAAACUUAAUUUAAAAUCAAUUACAUCUAUUAAGUUUUAAAUUUAAUGUCUCUAGAUGAUUUAAAAUAAUAAAAAUUAAGAGUUAUUGUCAAUAUAAUGGAUGAUGAAACCAAAAAUUAGUUUUUGCAUGAAGAGCUUAUGAGAUUCCCAAAUAUUAUAAAUUUAGUCAUCCAAAAUGAGGAUGAUUCAGAAAACAAUUGUAUAUUAUCUAUUAUUAAAUAGAGAGUUAUAGAUUCUUAAUGAUUUGCAUACAUAAUUAUUAAAAGUAGACUUAACAAAUUUAUAAACUGAAUAUUCAAAAACUUACAACUAAAUCUUAAUAGGAUAAUUUGAAGAAUAAAGAAACCAUUAAGUUACUGCAAUGGAAAAGAUUUAUAUUGAAUUAUGCAAAACAUAAAAUGAAUUAGAUUCAGCUAAAUUAAAUGAUAGAUAAAUUAGUAAUUUAAACAUUCCUUAAAUUUCAAGAAGCAGACUCACUUCUCCAAUAGGAUCUGUAUUAUAUUUAUUUUAUUUCAGAAUGAAUCAAAGUUAAUUGCAAAGGAGAUAAAUCCAGUAUUUGCUAAAGGAAUGAUGUUAAAAAAGAAUUAGAAAUCAAAAAAUUUAUUAGGAAAUUAGAAAUUUGCAUUAUCAUCAUAAAACAUCAUGUAUACAAGUUCUAGGAAUUUUUAAGGAUUGUUACAUGCAAACACAAAUUCUAAUCCCAAUAUUUAAUGUUUUUAGACUUCUGAAAUAAUUAAAACCUUACAAAAAGAAUCUGAAUAAUAAACUAAAUCCAAAUCAGAAUAAUAAACUAAAUCCAAAUCCUCUCAAGGACUAAUUUCAAUCAAAUCCAGUUUAAUUACUUAAUAAUCAAUGGAUCCCUCUUCUUUGCUUUUCAGAAGUAUGUUAUUACAAGAAAGCCAACAAAAUGAUAAAUCUAAUAUAGAAAGAGCGUUCUCCCUAAUAGAAGAUCAUCGAUUGCAAGACUUAAAAGACUUACUGAAUCAUGAUUAGAAUAUCAAUAUAAAUACUUAAGAUUUCAAAGGGAAUACAUUUUUAAUAUAAGCAGCAAGAACAGGAGCAUUUGAAAUUAUUUAGUUCCUACUUCGCCAAGGAGCAGAGAUUACAAUAAAAAAUGUAAUAUAUGUAUUUAACAUAGAAUGAUGGAUUAAAUGCUAUACAGAUAGCUAUCAUUCAUUUAUAAUUUGAAGCAGCGGAUGAGAUUAAUAAAUUUAGUAGAUCAAAUUCAUUUAUAUCCCAUUGA